AUGAAAGCACGAGCAGGUGCCGACAAAAAAAAUGCCCAACCAGUUCCAGUUGGAGUCAAUCUUCAACGACGACUCAGUCAAGCUCAUCGUGGCUCUUUAACAGGAUAUGAUGAUCAAGAAGGUGGAAAUAUGCCGGCAAAUUUCAUUGAUGAUUCUAAUAUGCUCGGUCGUUCAGAAGAUCAAUUGAAACUAACUGAUGCGGAAUUGAACGAGGAACAUACACGAAUUUUAACUGCACGUAAUCCUCAAGCAGCUGAAAAUAUAAUUCGAUACAGUUAUAAGGAUCGAAUAUAUAAACCUAUUCCACAUGUUGAUCAAUUAGCUGUUCAUUAUCAAAUUGAUAGUAAUCUUAUUCAUAAAGAUUCUGACGAUGCAAAGCGACAAGUAACUGUGGAUGCUCCAGCUGAAGGAGUAGAAGUAGCAACAGCAUCAGUUGGUACAGACGCGGAAACAACAACAAAAGAAGGUGAAGAUGAAGACGAAGAUAAACCUAAAAAAACGGCUGGUGCUGGUGGUAAAGGAAAAAAACUUACGAAUCAAUUUAAUUUCAGUGAACGUGCAUCUCAAACAUAUAAUAAUCCAUGUCGUAAUCGUGAAACAUUUGUUGAACAAACUCCACGUGCUGCUUUUACUGAUAAUGUAUCUCAAUGGUCAAUCUUUGAUGCAUAUAACGAAGAUUUUGAACAACAACAAAAAUUAAAAGAAAAAGAAUCGAAAAAACAUACACUCAAGAAAGAUGAUGAUCGAAAGAAAAAAUUUGUUCCUUCGGAUCAACAAGCUGGCGAUGAAUUUGCGAAAUUUGUUCGAUCAAAAACAGCAAAUAUAUCAUUGAAAAUACUUGAGCGAAUGAUUAAUCUCAAUACAUUUGAUGAUAUUGCUCAAGAUUUUAAAUAUUGGGAAGAUGCUGCUGAUGAAUAUCGUGAACAACAAGGAAGUCUUUUACCCUUAUGGGUUUUUCAAUACGAUAUGGUAAAAAAACUUUCAUGUACCAAUCUAGCAUGGAAUACACAAUAUCCAGAUUUAUUUGCUGCUUCAUUUGGUUCAUAUGAUUUUCUUAAACAAUCACGUGGAAUGUUUUUAAUUUAUUCAUUAAAAAAUCCAAGUUUUCCGGAAAAUAUCUUUCCAACUGAUAGUGGAGUUAUGAGCUUGGAUUUUCAUCCAAAACAUCCAAAUCUUCUUUGUUGUGGUUUUUAUGAUGGUUCAGUAGCUGUCUAUAAUAUUGCUGAUGAAAAUAAACGACCAAAAUAUCAAAGUACAGCUCGUAGUGGUAAACAUACGGAUCCUGUUUGGCAAGUACGAUGGCAAAAAGAUGAUUUAGAUAGUAAUCUAAAUUUUUAUUCGGUUUCAUCCGAUGGUCGAGUUGUCUGUUGGACAUUAGUUAAAAGUGAUCUUAUGUAUACAGAUAUUGUUCAAUUAAAAUUAGACAAACCAACAACUGAAACAGAUGAAGGUGUUCCAUUAACUACACUUGGAUGUGGAACAUGUUUUGAUUUUAAUAAACAACAAGAUUAUUUAUUUAUCGUCGGUACUGAAGAAGGUAAAAUUCAUAAAUGUUCAAAAUCAUAUAAUAAUCAAUUUUUGGAUACAUUCGAUGCUCAUCAUAUGGCUGUUUAUGCUGUACGUUGGAAUACAUAUCAUCCAAAAAUAUUUGCUAGUUGUUCAGCUGAUUGGACUGUUAAAAUUUGGGAUAUUAAUUAUAAAGAUCCAUUAUUUGUUUAUGAUCUUGGUAGUGCUGUAGGUGAUGUUAAUUGGGCACCUUAUUCUUCAACUGUAUUCGCAGCAUGUACAGCUGAUGGAAAAGUUUUUGUAUUUGAUUUAAAUGUCAAUAAAUAUGAGCCACUUACAGAACAAAUAGUUGUACAAAAAAAACGUACAAAAUUAACACAUAUUACAUUUAAUCAACAAUUUCCAAUUGUACUAGCUGGUGAUGAUCGAGGAAAUAUCACAACAUUGAAACUUUCACCAAAUCUACGUAAAAAACCAAAAGUUAAGAAAGGUCAAGAAGUACCUGAAGGUCCAGAAGCUGAAAAUGCAAAAUUAGAUAAAAUUCUUGCACUUAUUCGUGAUCCAGAUGCUGCUAAAAAUAAACCAACAACACAAGCAGCCACUACAACAAGUUAA